GCAGUUUAAAAAAAUCAAAUCUUUUGGAUAGACUGUCCCUGCAAGCAAUUAUCACAUUAUCUUUGUUUUAAUCGUUUCAAAAUGUUCAAUUGAAAUAGAAAAACAGUUCCAAUAUUUUACAGUGAUAAAUUGUCACAUUUUACUUUUCAUAGACCUACAAUUCAAUCGAUCUUGACCAAGUUACUACCAGGCAGACUGACAUAAGAAACGUUUCCAUAAUUUGGGAGUGUGUGAGACUCAUCGAAUUUGAACUUUGGUAAAUUUGUAGGGAAAACGAAUUUUUUAGCAUCACUCUGCUGAAAUUUCAUGUUCAUAAAAGUAGGCCUAGAAUCUCCAGAAAUUUCACGGUGACGUCUAUGCAUGGGUGCAGCUAUACUUAUAAAAGUAAAAAACAAAAUGUGUUUUUUGUUCGCGAACUACUUCGUGGUCUUUGAACCAAACUUAAUAAGAUGAUACAAUGGACCAAGGGCCAUGUCAUAUGGUGGUUACUAUCUGACCCCACCCACCACAGGCCAUGUUUACAGCCAAAAUUUGCUUAUUUAGAUAAUGACUCCGUAGUCUUAAACCAAUUUUAUUUCUAAAAUUUUUAAUUUUGAGUUUUUCCUUGAAAUUGUUUUUAAGUUUUUCUUGGAAAAUGUUUACUUUACUCAUUAGAAAUGUCAAACAUUCACAUUUUUGCCAGGAAAAUGGUAAUCAAAGCACAAGGUCAGACCCUUAAAUUGGCAGGGCUACAUCUGAAAACCCCCUUGCUUUUUACAUGGUCAGUUCUACGUUGGGUGUUCAGAAGUAAAAUCACCAAGAAAUAUUUUAAGCCCAGGAAGAAAGAAGAACUUCUAAUGUGGCUAUGAAAAAACAGAAUGCCAACAAACACUAAGAUUGUGAGAGGGAUUAGUAAAGGUUUCUAUGCCUCGUCGAAAGAACCCCAAACUUCUACAAGACAUUUGUCUUCAAAAAGUUGCAGAACGUGUAUGUACACAUAGUGUACGUUCAUCAGCCUCCAUUAUACACAAAGGUAUUAGCAAGGGUGUAUUUUCAGAAAAUCUACAAUGGUUACCGUCUGCUGUAAUGGAAAAAGUAAUAAAAAUUGUUCAUCAACUACAACCUGGUGGGAUAUACUAUAAUCAACUGGAACUAUUGCUAUCAGCGAAUGUCCGAACUCUUUGUCUCCAAUACUCAGCAUCCAAAAGUUUACGUAACGUUCCUUUGGGGUUUCAACGACUACUGAGAAAGAUUGCUGCAUGUGGAACAAAUUUAGUCGAUCUGGCUUUAACUGGAUGUGUUUUAUGGAACAACGACGAACUAGUAAGUACAAUCAGAUGUUUGCCUUCUCUGCGUCGUUUGGUACUUUACAGUAGUAAACUGAAUGAUGAUGUACUGGUGACAGUUGGAGAAACUUGUAACUUCAUUGAAGAACUGUAUAUUAGUGGUUGGUAUCUUUCUGACCAAGGUCUCUUAGGCUUGUUUGGGAGUCCGACUGAGAGGGGUGGGUGUCCACAUCUACACACUUUGAUAAUUGACAGUGACCGUAACUACCAACCAAAUAUUACAUUAGAAGCUGUUGUCAGAGUGUUGCAGAAACAAACACAACUCAUCCACCUGAAGAUACCAAAACUUACAGAAGCCAUCCUGUUUCUAGGUAAAAAAGAAAAUGUUCUUUCAGCUCAUUCUUCUAUUCGACUUGGCCUCAUGACAUACCAGGAUGACCUCUAUCAAAGUCCCUUGACGCCAGAAGAUGUUAAGACCCUGGUAUCCUUAUGUCCCUCAUUAAGUGAAAUCAAAAUAACUAUUGAUGACCCGAAAGCCAUCAAUGAAUUAUCUAAGUUGAGUUUCUUGACUCAUUUGUCUCUUACUGAUUGUAGGCAUCAUACUUGUCGGGAUUUUAUCGAAGCUUUCACACAGCUGCUAGCAGAGGUGGGUAUUCAUAUAUCCUAUCUUGAACUAGUAACCACAGAAGUGGAUAUUUCUGCCAUCAAUCGCCAUUGUCCACACUUAAAAAGCUUGGAAUGUCUGAAAAUACUUCGAUUCCACCGGAAUGGAGGACUAGAUCAGCAGUCACCCUAUUUUCAGGAACUAACCACUUUAAAGCUGUUUCCAUCGGAAGUAAACAGCAUCAGAGAAGAAGAACUAUUCUUGCUGCUUGGAUCGUGUUACUGUUUAAAACACUUGUUUGUUGGCUGGUGUGACUGUCUAACCGACGACUGUAUGGCGCGUAUUUUACAGAAAAAUUCCUUCAUGCGUCUCCAAGAACUAGAACUGUCCGACAUUCCAGCGAUUACAAUCAAUGGGAUAAAGCCUUUACUUCUGUCUGAAAAUGAUCUUAAUUCGUGUAACAUAUUAUCGUGCGAUCAAAUAUCUAAAGACGAUGUCGUUUCUAUGAAGAAAAUGGCUGAAGCUUUGAAUUUGAAUUUAACUAUUAAAUUUUAUGAUUGAUUAAAUAAUAAAUAAAAAUCUUAAAGAAUACUUUUGUAUAUGCUAAAUAAAUUAAAGAUAUUCGGCAUUAAUUUACAACUACAAUUUCUAGUCACUUAGUAUUUAUUGUAACCAAUUACGUAAAUAUCUAAAUAUAAAAUAUUGUGUCGUUGUUUCAAAUAAUGGUAAUAAAAUAUAGGAUUUAUUCGUAACAUUAUUACAUUUGUUUAAUAGAAUAACUUAUAAUGCGAUCAAAGCUAUGUUUGUAGCUCUUAUUUGUAAUACAGAACCUAUCAACCUACAAUGCAGGUAAUGAAUGAAUCAUGUCAAUAACAUUUUCAGAAUAAGCUUUGUGUGUCUCUAUUGUUCCGUCUUUUCAUCAAAAAUGUUUCUUCUCCUUUGUAGAAUACACUUGUAACUUAUUCAUUAUUUAAUGGUGAUUUUAUUAUUUUGUUAUUUUAUUUUGGAUAAUUAAAACGACAUUGUAAAUACAGUUAA